AUGGCGGAGCCGAAUGACCUCGUGCGCCUCCUCUUGAUCGGCGACAGCGGAGUGGGCAAAUCAUGCCUGCUCUUGCGCUUCACGGAGAAUAGCUUCCAGUCGAGCUUUGUCACGACCAUAGGGAUCGACUUCAAGACCAAGGUGGUGAAUAUCGACAACAGGAGCGUGAAGCUGCAAAUUUGGGACACUGCGGGCCAAGAGCGCUUCCGUACGAUCACCUCAGCGUACUACAGGGGGGCGCAAGGCAUUCUUAUGGUUUACGACAUAACGGACGAGCGGUCGUUCGAGAACAUCCGGCACUGGGUGAAGAACAUUGAGCAGCACGCGGCGGGCAACGUGGACCGCAUCCUGGUGGGCAACAAGAGCGAUGGCGAGGCGGACCGGGCGGUGAGCACGGCGCGCGGGCAGGCGCUCGCCGACGAGUUCGGCAUCCUGUUCUUCGAGACGAGCGCGAAGGACAACAAGAACGUCGCGGAGGCGUUCCUCGGGGUCGGGAAGAAGGUCCUCAAGCGCAUGGCGCAAGCGGACCAGGCGCCGCCCGCGGACCCAGGGGUGGUCACCAUCGGCGCGAACGGGGCCGGCGCGCGGAAGAAGGCCGCCGACAAGUCCAAGUGCUGCUCGUGA